AUGCCGGCAUGGGUCUCUACCAGCCAAGACGGUCCCGGUGCCUAUUCUCCCGAGCCGCCAAGAACGCUCGAGCCAGAGUUCUACGUGCGGGGCUCCACAAAGAUCAUCGUUGCCCAAGCUCGCGAUUUCUCCAGAGGUUGGUCAAUUGGGCAUGAGCGCGGCAUUGCGGUAAAGCUUGAGUGA